GUUUAUACUGGGACACUUUGUUGUUGGUUAAACUGGUGACUGGUUGUGAUGCGCAACACCAAACACAGAUAAAGUUUUACUCCACAUAGAUUAGUUCUGUUUAGUUUGUUUGUAAAGAAAAAGUUUUGGUUUUUGGGGUUUUGUUUGGUCCAACUUGAUCUGGUUUUGAAACUCAUCUGGACGAUGGCAGAAGGAGACUUCUACACGAUGGGAAACCGGCAGAGGUUCCCCCGGGAUCCGUUCGGGGAGUCGCCGUUCAGAGACCAGUCCCCGUUCAGGGACCAGCUCGGGUCCAGGUUUAUGGAAGAUGAAUUUGGGAUCCCAGCUUUCCCCGACGAUUUGGCGAUGGAUUGGCCGGGUUGGGCUCGUCCCGGCCGGCUCGGGACGCGCCUCAGCACGUCGCCCUUCGGCAGCAGUUUACGCACCGGCUUCCCCUCGCGACAGUCCUCAGGAGGCCCCACGGUGUACACCAGCAGGUACGGGGAGCCCUCCUCCAGGAGCUCCCCGACCGGCAGCAGCACCAGCAGCACCGGCGGGGAACCGUGGAAGGUGUGCGUAAACGUGCACAGCUUCAAACCGGAGGAGUUAACCAUCAAAACCAGGGACGGAUUUGUAGAAGUGUCAGGAAAACAUGAAGAGAAGCAGGAAGAAGGAGGAAUAGUCACAAAGAAUUUCACAAAGAAGAUACAGAUCCCGAUAGACGUGGACCCCGUGACCGUCUUCGCCUCCUUGUCCCCCGAGGGCGUCCUCAUCAUCGAAGCUCGGCAGACGCCUCCAUAUUACCUCUUCAGCAACGAGGGCUCCCCGCAGGGUGGAGACACACAGGAGAUGGAGGCCCUCAAGCCCCAGGAGGCCCCUUUAGUCUGAAACCCAGCGUCCUCACUAAUACACUAAAUCAUCUGCACUAUUGAUUACAUGUUUGAUUGGAAAUGUGUGGCCUUCAGCCUCAUGUUGAAAUGUGUAGAAUAUAUAAUCGGUAAGUCCUGGUGGAGGUUCUUAUUAAAGCUGCACAAGGUUUUAAGUUUACAAGCAGAAAGAAUGAAGAUCUUCCGUUCCCCAAUGACAGAGAUGCCGUAGAUUUGUAGAAUGUAAACCCAAAAUUCAAAUGCCUAGAAGAAAACCAAACUGAAGAUGGGUUUUUUUUACCCCUUAUUACAAAGCAAUUACAGACCAGCUGCUUUGACAAACAUGUACUCAUGUUUAAUUUCUUCCAGUAUACCCAGUUUGUGCCUCUCAUGUAUAACCGUUAAAUGCAUAUCUUCCGAUUUGCAGUGAAGUUUUAUUGGAUUUUUUCAAGUUCACAAACGUAAACUUGUCUUGUGCAGCUUUAAUAUUAUAUAUAGGUAUAUCCUAAGGUUAUGCAAGAGCCUUUGUGCGGCUGAUGCAUUAUAAGUCAGAGCAUUCUCACUAACCAGCAAGUUAAUAUGACACUGUUUGUGAAUCAUAUUUGUAUUUAUGUUAUGUAACAUGCAAUGAAUUAAGUGGAGUUUUUUUUUGCAUUAGACGUAUUUAUAUGUGAUUUAUUUGGUUUUAAAAAAACGAAACAAAACAAAUGUGCCUUUUAAUCACUUGAGUGCCUUGACUUCCUUCAGUUCUACAGCUGUUUAUCUUUUGAGUUGAUGAAUGUCACUUAAACUGACAAGAAACGAAAGCAAGCUCCCUUUUGUGGCUUUAUUAUGCGGUGAAUCGUAUUCUACCAAAGUGUAUUGUAAAUAUACUUCAAUUAUGUGCCAAUUCAUUCUAUAUAUUAAUCUGAAGUGUUACAAGUUUUGCAACAUGGUUUUGCGUUUUUUUUUCCUUUUCUAUUUGAGCGUUCUGAAAGAUGGCUGCAUGGAUGUUGGAGCGGACAGACUGACUUGUUUGCCAAAGACGUUUGUCUCCGGCCUUUUCUUUUUUUUUUUUUUUGUCGACGUCUUUGU